GUGACAUCUUAAUCUCUCCUUUCCGUUUUCCCUCUCCACGUGGAUAAAAGUUCCCUUAUAAAAUUAACGCCGUUUUCACUUCCGAUUAAAACUGCUUUACACUUCCAACAAAAAAAAAAAAAAAAAACCGGCGGUGGCGGGAAGAGUCCUUCCAAUGGCGACGGAGGAGAAGCAAGUUAUAGUGAUCGGAGUCGACGACAGCGAAUACGCAACCUACGCUUUAGAAUGGACACUCGACCAUUUCUUCUCUUCAACGCCAAAUCCUCCCUUCAAGCUCGUCGUCGUCUACGCCAAACCGUUUCCCGACGUAUUCGUCGGCGUCGGCGGACCUGGAAUGAUUGUAGGAUCUGCGGGAAGUUACCAGUUCCUGAACGAGGAUUUGAAGAAGAAAGCAGCGUUGGUCAUCGCAACAGCAAGAGGAAUCUGCGAAUCAAAAUCGGUGAAUGAUGUGAAAUAUGAGGUGGAUGAAGGAGAUGCUAGGUAUGUGCUGUGUCAGGCGGUGGAGAAGCAUAAUGCUUCAAUGUUGGUGGUGGGAAGCCAUGGCUAUGGAGCUCUCAAGAGGGCUUUUUUGGGGAGUGUGAGUGACUAUUGCGCUCAUCAAGCUUCAUGUACUGUCAUGAUUGUCAAGAAACUCAAAACCAAGGAAGGAACUACUCCAAUGGCGGCGGCGACGACGAAGAAGCCUGUGAUGUUAAUCGGAAUCGACGACAGUGAAUACGCAAUCGGCGCUCUGGAGUGGACAUUAAACCACUUCUUCUCAUCAACCAUAAAUCCACCUCUCUUCAAGCUCAUCCUCCUCCACGCCAAGCCAAUUCCCGAAAUCUACCUCGAUAUCUCCGGUCCAGGGAUGUUUAUGGGAUCUGCUCCUGGAUUGUACCAAGUAUUGGAUCAGAACUUGAAGAAGAAAGCAGGGAGAAUCAUGGAGAAAGCGAAGGAGAUAUGCGCGAGUAGAUCGGUUCGUAAUGUUGAGUUCGUGGUUGAAGAAGGAGAUGCUAGGAAUGUAUUGUGUGAGGGUGUUAAUAAAUACGGUGCUUCUAUGUUGGUGGUGGGAAGCCAUGGCUAUGGAGCCAUUAAAAGGGCGUUGUUAGGGAGUGUGAGUGAUUAUUGCGCUCAUCAUGCUCAAUGCACCAUCACAAUCGUGAAGCCUAAACCCAACACUUAGAAUAAUAAUAAGAAAAAAAGGAAGAAUUGUCCAUGUCAAAUAUUUACGAUAUAGUCGACUUAGAUCAUCAUAGAAUUUUGCUAUAACUUAUAAAUACAAAAAAAAGAAAAAUUAGUUUU